AACUAGCAUUCUAGUUUGUGAUAUAAACCAUAGCAUUAUAGGUUUAUGAUAUAAACACUUUUUCCUACAUAUACAGUCACAUACUUAUUAUCUGUGUUUUCCUACUUCAUUAACAAAAUUAAUUAAAUAAAAUGAUACUAAGAAAAUUGUAUACACUUGUGUUUCUACAAAAUGAUUCUCAAGUAUUGCUCGGGCUAAAGAAACGUGGUUUUGGUAAAGAUAAAUGGAAUGGUUUUGGUGGUAAAGUGGAACCUAAUGAAACUAUUGUAGACGCAGCCGUUCGAGAACUGCACGAGGAGUGUUGUGUUACUGUUAAAAGCCAGGAUUUGAAGAACAUAGGUCACUUGGAGUUCACUUUUGAAGGAGAAUCCACCUUGAUGGACGUUAGAGUAUUCUCCACUACUGUUUUCAAAGGAACGCCAACAGAGACAGAGGAAAUGCUCCCUAAAUGGUUUAAUAAGAACGACUUACCAUAUAAGGACAUGUGGCUGGAUGACAAAAUUUGGCUCCCCUACAUGUUUAACAACAAACUUUUCUAUGCCAAGUUUCACUACCAAGGUUAUGAUAAAAUUCUGAACUACCACAUAGAAGAACUUGAGUCUAUGGACAGUUUCUAUGCAAAUAAAAAGUUAUAGUUAUAAUUUAAUAGCUAUGUAUAGCAUAGUCUAGGCAUAGAUCUGUUUUUGUUUUCAAAUAUUUGUUUUCAAUUUUAUUAACAUUCUUGAUCUUAUAGCCAGUAAGUUUUUUUGAAACUGCAAGGUAUUAUUACAAUAAUUAAAAUAAUACUUAGGUAUAGUGUUUUCUUGACUAUAGAGAAUUUGUGUGUUUAGUUUCGAAUAUUGAUUUAUGUCGAUGACAGGACAAGAUUUGUUGUGCCCGCUAGUGACUAGUCAAUAGUAAAUAAAAGUAAACGAAAACUGAAAACAGGUAAACUAGUUACUAGAAGUAAUUUUAUGAAGGAUUUUAUGGAUAGGGGUAAACAUGAAGACUUUAGGCUGCCUUCACAUUAGGUCUCGCGUGCGAAAGGACUUCUAUACCAAAGAGUCGCGAGGCUGUCGCACCUCUUUUGUGUCGAAGUCACGCUGCUGCCGCACUCCUGGCGACCUAAUGUGAAGGCACCCUUAAUAUCAUUAUUGUAUUGUUUCUUCUAAUACAGGCUAAUUAUUUCUUGCAGUGUUUUAGUUAAUAUUAUUUUAGUGUAUUUUACAUCAAGGGUAUUUUUUGUUAAGUUUUUUUACUAUCACUAUGUUAAGAUUAUUCAACUUGAACUGUG